AUGCGUCCUCCCCCUAUCACAACCACGUCAUCGUCGUCGUCGUGGGUGCAAAAUGACGUAAACCCUGCAAAAUUAGUGUCCAUAGUUGCUCCCAUCCUCACCCCUAAAUCCCUAAUCCUCACCUUGAGACCUACUGAAUCAGAUGCUCCCACUGCUUACAUUCAUAAGACUGUUGCUUCUACAACGGAAUCAGUUCUGAUAACCUUAAUGUCCGCCACCUCAGCCACAUACACUGCUGCAACUUCGCCAGCAAUCACAACUGAAGCCUCAACAAGCAGUUUCACCACGAACCCAACAUCAUCUGAACCAGCGUUGGAGACAACGACGACCAACUCUCUCUCAUCAUCAGGACUAAACAAAGACGGUUAUCAAACUACUACUACGCCGCCACCGACGACCAUCGUCAUGACUUUCGAAACAUUAACAGAGCUUAAACCUACCACCAGCACUUUUACUUUUGCUACUUCCUUGACGCCGUUAUCAAGUUCUACAAAACCUGGAAGAAUGUUGAAACGGCAACAUGACGUGCUGGACCCGGCCGUGGAGGUGGAACCUGUAUUGAAUGAGGAAGGUCAACAAAUGUACGGCUUACAUGACAUCCCUUUGUACAAAAAUGCGGGUGGCAAAACGAUUCUUGACACUUUGGUAGAUUAUACAUAA